GCAGGUGUAAUUCCGUAAAUUCUUGUAUAAAAACAACGAACAGCAUGGAGAAGCUCAUUCAGCAGCAAACAUUACCUGAGAAUAUCGGGCUCUGUACAUUGUCAGCGGUUGACUGAGUGGAAUAAGUCUUGGAUUUAUUUGUCUGUUGAUAAUUCAUCAUUAUGAUGUUUGUUCGUACAUCACUUCUUUGCCUGGCGCUGUCAGUCUGCACCAUCCGACCUGUUCUGGGAUGCAGGUGGAUUAAACACAAGUUCCAAGAUCACCACAGAGUCUCUUUGGAUCUGAUUGAAAAGAUGGGAGAGAUAAAAGGCAAUAAAAGCAAAUCCAUCAACCCCAUUCCAUAUGAACUGAUCAACAGCUACAGGACAGUAGAGACUGAGAAACAGAUUCUGUUCGUAAUUCAAACUUUUAUGGAGAUCACUGGCAUCUUUGAGGACGCUGACUCUACACCCUGGGAUAAAAACACAAUGGAAAAUUUCUUGAACAUCAUCCAUGAGCAGAUUGAUGCACUCCAAUUAUGUGGCACUUUAAAAACGAAGAGGAAUAAAAAGUUGAAUCUCUAUUUUAGAAGACUGAGGCAAAUGAUAGCGUUGAAGACGGAGGAUGCUGGUAAAGGCUGGGAGAUCAUCAGAAGUCGAGUCAUAGGCCUCAUGAAACAGCUGGAAUUUUUCUCCUUCUACACUGCAUAACUAAAGCCUAUGAAGAAUCUCCAAAAUUUAAAAAAACAUUUCAGUCAGUCAGUGUUUCUGCUCUUCUGUUUAUUUUGCCUUGAAGUAGUUUGCUAAAAUGAAGCAUGUCAUCAAAAAAAGACUGUUUGAUAAGAUAUUGCUUACUGUCCUAUUUGAUUUAUAUUUGUGAAGUUCUUCAGAAUAUUUAUU